AUGUCUAUAGCGCUUUUCAAGAAGAAGUUGAAGCCCGCGGAUCCUUUUGAGGAACUGUCCGGGCUUCCGGAGGAGAAGAAGAAGGACCCCACGGAGUUCCUCAGACAAAGCCACCACCCACCGACUGGUGGUGCCGCUGUGACGGGGGAUGCCUCGCACGACGAGUACUAUUCGCCGUUCCGGGAUGCGAUUGCCGUUGAAGAGGCGCAGCGGCUCCGGAACCUGAAAUUCCCCACGACGGGCACGCACGUGACGGAAGAGGCUAGGCGCCGCGUGCCUGAUAUUGACGAGCCCAAGCGCUUCAGCACUGUGGAUGAGCGGCAGCGCCAGCAGCUGCAGGAGUUGGAGCUGAAGGAGGGCCAGCUGCGGCUCUACAAGGAAUCGCAGAAGAUUGUGGAUGUGCGGGGCAAGUCCGAUGUGACUCAGCGGCGAGCAGCGCAGAACACGUCCAAGACGAGUACCACCACGGGAGACAAGGGCGCCCUGGGAGAUGAUGACGCCGUUCUAGUGGACUACAAGUCGGUGCUCAUUGUUUACCCCUCGGGGACGUAUGAUGGUGCCUACGGUCCAGUGACCGACCGCUUGGGCGGCGACGCCAAGGCGACCACUCAGAAGGACGUGAGCGACGUGUCUGUGCAGGCCGCGGACAAGGACUCUGAGGAGGGCAAGCCUCUCUUGGAGCGCUCUUCUACCAAGCGUGCGGCAGAGACAACCGAAAGGAGACACUCUGCGGGACCACUGUCCAACAUCAUGUCCCACAUGCCUUUCAAGUUGCAGAAGGGCGGCAAGCUUGGCGGGCUCUUCAAACAUCACGACAAGGAGCAACUGCUCGUGCCCAACGGCACGCCAGAGGAGCCGGAAGUUGUUCUGCUCACCAACCGCGGCUACAUGUCCAAGGCUGUCUAUGACCGCCUCAACGAUGAAGAGAAGGCGCAUCUUGGCCGUCUAGUGAACUCUGAUGAGGACGCUGCACAGGACUACCAGCUUGUGUCGCAACAUUAUGAAAAGGAGAUUGCAGACCUUGAUGCUGAGAUUUCUAAGCUGAGGGCGGACAUCACCGCUCUGCAGGCCGAGACGGAGGGCCAAAUAGACGGUUUGGAGGCCUCGCUAUCGAAGAACAUACAGGAUAUGAAGGCCGAAAAUGCGGACAAGCAGCACGUUCUUCACGAACAAGCUGAAGCCCAGCGAGCUGAGCAGCUGGCGGAUAAGGAGGAAAUUGUCCAUCAGAACCAGGAGCUGCAGCCAGAAAUUGACCGGUUGCGUAAGCUGAAGGAAAACACCGCUGUUGAGAUAACCGAAUGCCAGGCGCGGAUCGACCAGUUGCAGCAGCAGCUAGACGCCCAAUCGCGCGAGCUACGUCUGGUGACAGACCAGCAGGCCGAGGUUAGUGUCGUGCUUGCUACUCUCCAGGAGCAGAAGGCACAACUUGAGCGCGAGGUAGCAGACUCCAACGAGUUCACCAAGCGGAACAGAGAAGCACUCGAGCGUCUCAACCAAACGGACUACACUGCUACCGUGCGUGAGAUAGACGCCAAGAAUUCCGAGAUCCUGACCGAGAUUGCGAAGAUCAGGCAGGAAAUCGAGUUCCAGAGGAAGGAACUUGUCGCCCUCAAGGAGCGUCCGCAGAGGACUGCGGCGUCGUCGUUUCAGGGCGUGGCAACCGCUGUGCCCGUUGCCAGACACGGUACGAAUGACGUGAAGCCCUUUGCUACCGCCUCCGCAGACCCUAACUCGUCCGCCCUCAAAAACCUCUCCAGCGGCCCAAGCACGAACAAGGAGAGCUCUCUCUAUGACAACGAAACUGCAGACGAGGUCAUUGUCACAGAGGGCGACAGCAAGCCAUCGAGGUUGAUUGUUCUCCCAGACAACUGA